UUCAAAUUGUGGGCAACGUGUAGCCACCUAGGGGGGAGGUGAAUAUGUAUAUAGCUGUAUUUAGUUGAUUAAUCUAGUGUUCAUACAUCGCAAACCUACACAGAAGCUAUGGACUGAUGUCAUUUCCAGCGACUUUACAAAGAGAAAAAGACUGUCCUGGACUGCCUGGAGUUACGCAAACCCGGCGCACGUUUCAGUGAGAGCGGCUUGGGUCUUAUAUAAAAACAGGUGAUGUAAAAUUGACGUCGGAACGGCUUGUUUCAUUUCCAGCGAAGGGUGAAUUCGCUCCGAACCGGCGACUGACUCGCAUUCCAGGAGAGAAAAAGGGGUUAUCUUUUUGAUAUUUCAUUUUCAGGGCUUGAGAAUGGAGGCGUUUCCAGUGGCGAGGCCCAGUUCUAGGAAGUGCCAUAUUUGAGAGGCUCUAGAAAAAGGGGGCCGCGGUUUUUUCAUCUGUAGACGCUUCUGAUCGAAUCCAGCGACGAUGGAGACGGGAAUUCAACAUCGCACGGAGCAAUUCGUUCACGAUAUAUCCAACCCCGGUGCUCCGGGUUUAUGUCCAGAAAUGUUGGAGGUGGCGGAGGAGGCCUGUCGGGCGGGGGAUUUCGACCUCGCGGCGGAGAUCUACGGCUCUCAGCUGGCGGACCUCCCGCAGCCCGAUCGAGGACUCUGCCUGCGCAGAGCGGACGCCUUGGUCCGCUCCGGGAGGAUCGCCGAAGCGCUCGACUCCUACUGCACUGCUGCCAAACUGCACCGACUGCGGCCGGAGGAACUGGGACUUUUAGUCGAAAAUAUCGCGCGGAGCCUGCGAGAGAAAGAGCUCGGGGUUUUGACUAGAGACGUGUACCCUCAAAAAAGCGAAUCCUUUAAAAGUAGCGAAAACAAACCGACCGGCAAACUAAGCGGAGACGGGGGACGCGAGUGCGGUGGGGAUGCGCUAGAGGACAGGCAGUCUCUGGACCUGUUCUCCUGUCGGCUCUGCAAGUCUUUGCUGGCCGAACCCACAACUUUACAGUGCGGGCACACUUUCUGCAAGCGAUGCUUGGAGAAGGACGCCGUCCACGAAUGCAUCAAAUGCAAUUAUAAGUUGAACAAGAAGAACGGACAAAUUCACCCCAUGGGGUUUAGAGUAAAUGUGAUUCUGAGCAGCUUGUUGGAUAAGUGGUUCGACACGGAAAGUAAAGCCAGGCGGCUCUGGCUGGACGGGGAAAGUAUGUGGAAGAAACAGGAGUUUACAGACGCCUUGGAGAAGUACGACAAAGCCCUAGAACUAGCUCCAUCCGACUGCAGACUGCUGGGUCAGCGUGCGGAACUCCACAUGGACAUGAAGAACUACUCCCAGGCCGUGCAGGACGGGGACAGUGUGUGCCGACUGAAGCCGCUGUGGCCUGAGGCGCACUACCUGAAGGCCACAGCCCUGAGUAAAGCGGGUCGGAAUGAAGAAGCCCUGCAGGAGUACUUCCUCUGCAUGGCACUGAAGCCGGGCUGGACCGCAGUCAAACUCGAAGCCCAGAAGCUCCUGAGCGAGGUGUUCUCCUCUGUGUUUGAGAGAGACCCCUUGCCCACUCACCUGCCCCCCCACCAGCGCAGCUCUACCUCAUCCUCCGCCACCAUCCUCAAGCCGUCCGCCCUGCUGAGCUCCCUCCAGUCCCCGAUGCUCGGCGAGCGUGUGAGGGCGCCAUCCUCUAAGGACCCAGCAUGGAGUCUUGCCAAGACCCCCCUCUGCGACGGGCAGGGGGAGCCCAGUGGCUCGGACAGUUCGAAGCCGGCCUCUCUGAGCACGCUCGAGUCCCCCAUCGAGGAACAGAAGACGCUGACGUCCAUCCUGGCCGCCCUGCCGCCACCCCCCAGCCUCAAGAGGAAGUGCCCCAAUGACCCCCCUGCCUUUGCCCCCCCUGCCAAGUUCCUCAAACCAGAUGGGGCCUGCUCAUCUCAGAAGCCCUCUGCUGCUUGCGGGACAAGGGUGGUGCCCCCAAACCUGUUGGACAGCGGCGAUAUGGAGUGCUCUCUCUGCAUGAGGUUGUUCUAUGAGCCAGUGGCCACGCCCUGCGGACACACCUUCUGCUUAAAGUGUCUGGAGCGCUGCCUGGACCACAACUCCACCUGCCCACUGUGCAAGGAGAACCUGUCAGAGUAUUUGGCCACCAGGGGGUACCACAAGACGCUGCUGAUGGAGGAGGUUUUGGUGCGAUACCUCUCUGACGAGCUGAGCGAGAGGAAGAAGAUCCAUGAGGAGGAGCUGAAAGAGCUGUCAAACUUGAACCAGGAAGUGCCCAUCUUUGUGUGCACCAUGGCAUUUCCCACAAUCCCCUGCCCGCUGCACGUCUUUGAGCCGCGCUACCGGCUCAUGAUCCGCAGAUCCAUGGAGACGGGAACCAAGCAGUUCGGCAUGUGUAUCGCCGAUGAGGUGAAGGGGUUCGCAGACUACGGCUGCAUGCUCGAGGUGCGAGACGUCAAGUUCUUCCCAGACGGCCGCUCGGUGGUGGACACCAUCGGUGUGUCCCGUUUCAAAGUGCUAAGCCACGGUCAGAGAGAUGGCUACAACACGGCUAAAAUCGAGUAUUUGGAGGACAAGAAGGUGGAGGGGGAGGAGCUUGCAGAGCUGGUGAAGCUGCACGACUCUGUGUAUGACCAGGCCACAGUGUGGUUUACCACCCUUAAGGACAACAUGAAGAACCAGAUCCUCAGCCACUUUGGGAACCUGCCUGGAAAAGACAACAACCCUCAGGGCAGUCCAAGCGGGCCUGCGUGGUGCUGGUGGCUCCUGGCGGUGCUGCCCCUGGAGAACCGGGCCCAGCUCACCAUCCUGAGCAUGACCUCCCUCAAAGACCGCCUGAUCGCCAUCCGCCGCGUGCUCAUCUUCGUCACCCGCAAGAGGGCGCGAUGACCGAGGGGCAUCACCUGUACCCCCCUGGCAAGUGAAAGCAAUGGCCAGCAGGAGAUCUGGAGGCCUUG